ACACGUGUGGCCGCCUGCACCGCGGGAGCCCGGGGCACCAGCGUGGGACACGGCCUCACCAUGCCGCCCCCCGCGGACAUUGUCAAGGUGGCCAUCGAGUGGCCGGGCGCCUACCCCAAGCUCAUGGAGAUCGACCAGAAAAAACCGCUGUCUGCGAUAAUAAAGGAAGUCUGUGACGGGUGGUCCCUGGCCAACCAUGAAUACUUCGCUCUGCAGCAUGCCGACAGCUCGAACUUCUACAUCACGGAGAAGAAUCGCAAUGAAAUAAAGAAUGGCACUAUCCUUCGAUUAACCACGUCUCCGGCCCAGAACGCCCAGCAGCUGCACGAGCGCAUCCAGUCGUCCAGCAUGGACUCCAAGCUGGAGGCGCUCAAGGACCUGGCCAGCCUGUCCCGGGACGUCACCUUCGCCCAGGAGUUCAUCAACCUGGACGGCAUCUUCCUGCUCACGCAGAUGGUGGAGAGCGGCACCGAACGAUACCAGAAGUUGCAGAAGAUCAUGAAGCCUUGCUUUGGAGACAUGCUGUCCUUCACGCUGACGGCCUUUGUGGAGCUGAUGGACCAUGGGAUCGUGUCCUGGGAUACGUUCUCGGUGGCGUUCAUCAAGAAGAUCGCGAGCUUCGUGAACAAGUCCGGCAUGGACACCUCCAUUCUGCAGCGGUCCUUGGCCAUCUUGGAGUCCAUGGUGCUCAACAGCCACGACCUCUACCAGAAGGUGGCGCAGGAGAUCACCAUCGGCCAGCUCAUCCCCCAUCUGCAAGGCACAGACCAGGAGAUCCAGACCUACACCAUCGCCGUGAUCAACGCCCUGUUCCUGAAGGCGCCCGACGAUAGGAGGCAGGCUGGUGUGGACAGCAGUGUGGACAUCCUUGAGUGUCCUCUGACUGAGAUGGCCAACAUCCUGGCACAGAAGCAGCUGCGCUCCAUCAUCCUCACGCAUGUCAUCCGGGCCCAGCGGGCCAUCAACAACGAGAUGGCACACCAGCUGUACGUGCUGCAGGUGCUGACCUUUAACCUCCUGGAGGACAGGAUGAUGACCAAGAUGGACCCCCAGGACCAGGCCCAGAGGGACAUCAUCUUCGAACUUCGAAGAAUCGCCUUUGACGCGGAGCCGGAGCCCAACGCCGGCAGCGGCAGCAUGGAGAAGCGCAAGUCCAUGUACACGCGCGACUACAAGAAACUCGGCUUCAUCAAUCAUGUCAAUCCCGCCAUGGACUUCACCCAGACGCCCCCGGGGAUGCUGGCCCUGGACAACAUGCUCUACUUUGCCAAGCAGCACCAGGACGCCUACAUCCGGAUCGUGCUGGAGAACAGCAGCCGAGAAGACAAGCAUGAGUGUCCCUUCGGCCGCAGCAGCAUCGAGCUGACCAAGAUGCUGUGUGAGAUCCUCAAAGUGGGCGAGCUGCCCAGUGAGACCUGCAACGACUUCCACCCGAUGUUCUUCACCCACGACAGAUCCUUCGAGGAAUUCUUCUGCAUCUGCAUCCAGCUCCUCAACAAGACGUGGAAGGAGAUGAGGGCGACUUCUGAAGACUUCAACAAGGUAAUGCAGGUGGUGAAGGAGCAGGUGAUGAGAGCUCUUACAACCAAGCCUAGCUCCCUGGACCAGUUCAAGAGCAAACUGCAGAACCUGAGCUACACUGAGAUCCUGAAAAUCCGCCAGUCCGAGAGGAUGAACCAGGAGGACUUCCAGUCUCGCCCGAUUUUGGAGCUCAAGGAGAAGAUCCAGCCAGAAAUCUUGGAGCUGAUCAAGCAGCAGCGCCUGAACCGCCUGGUGGAAGGGACCUGCUUCCGGAAACUCAACUCCAGGCGGAGGCAAGACAAGUUCUGGUAUUGCCGGCUGUCCCCCAACCACAAGGUCCUGCACUACGGAGACCUGGAGGAGAGCCCCCAGGGGGAGGUGCCCCACGACUCCCUGCAGGACAAGCUGCCGGUGGCAGACAUCAAAGCGGUGGUGACAGGGAAGGACUGCCCUCAUAUGAAAGAGAAAGGUGCCCUUAAACAAAACAAGGAGGUGCUUGAACUCGCUUUCUCCAUCCUGUACGACUCCAACUGCCAACUGAACUUCAUCGCUCCUGACAAGCAUGAGUACUGCAUCUGGACGGACGGGCUGAACGCCCUGCUGGGGAAGGACAUGCUGAGCGACCUGACGCGGAACGACCUGGACACGCUGCUCAGCAUGGAGAUCAAGCUCCGCCUGCUGGACCUGGAGAACAUUCAGAUCCCCGACGCGCCCCCGCCCAUCCCCAAGGAGCCCAGCAACUAUGACUUUGUCUACGACUGCAACUGAGGCGGCCGGCCCAGCCCCCGCCCCACAACGGGAAACGCGGCCAGCAGGAGAGAAGAGGGAGCUCGGGCCAUGCCGUGGGAUCCGUGUGGCAAAGGGAAGCGUGGCCCGCACUUCCUCCGGCCUCGCCUUCAGUCCCGCCGUCCUCCUGCCCCCACCUGGCAUCUAGCUCAGCGCCCUGAUUGUGUUUCUAGACGCCGUUGCUUUAGGUCACCUCCCGCUGCUGCAGCCUCUGGUGGGACCAGAGCAAGCCCGCCACCAGUAAGAGAGCCAUAGGGCCCUCCAUCCUCACCCCGGCAGGCAUGCCCUCCCCUCCUGGCGUCUGAGGGCCAGCAGCUCCUGACUGCCCCCAGCCAGCCCGCCAGACCUAGCCGGGGGCCCAUGCAAGGCUUGUGUCUUGAAGAAACAGUCCAACUACUUGAGAAGACCCAACACCGCCUCCUCAUCCCCUUCUCCAGAGUGCGCUCACACCGCCCACGCUGUAUGAACUGAGAUCCGCUUUCACAUCCGCUCCCUCCUCCGUCCAGGCCUUUGCCUUGUCCUGUUCCUCCAAGAGCAGCAGCCGCCGCCUCAUCCUAGUUCCCACUGGCCUUGGGUCCCCAGAUACAGUCCCCAGGUCCCAGGCCCACGCCACGUCUGCACUGUGACCUUGACCAGCCUCCUCUCCUCACCAGCUAGUCUUGGGUCUCCCCAUGCCCCAGCCACACCUGCCUUCUCCGUGUCCACACGCCCUCCCGGCCCCUUAGCUGAAAGCACAAAAGGUGAAGUCAGUUGUCAUGCUCCAUCUCUAACAGCGACGCCCCACAGGCCUCUGCGACAGACGGCUCCUGCUUGCGUGUCUGGUGUCACCUUCUCCUGGGGGGGCGCGGUCGGGUCCUGCUGUCACAGGGGUUCCACGAGAUGGUCGCGGUGUCGGACAUCACGUUUACAUCACUGUAGCUACUACAGGUGUUGACAGUUUGCAAAGGUUUGGGUCGGCUGGUUGUUACUUUUGUUUUGUUUUGCUUUGUUUUUGUACAAAAGAGUCUAACAUUUUUUUGCCAAACAGAUAUAUAUUUAAUGAAAAGAAGAGAUACAUAAAUGUGUGUACUUUCCAGCCUUUUUAAUUAUUUUCAUCCUGAACAUCUUCCUGAGAAUAACAUUCCCUGAGACACGCUGUGGAAUAAAAUUAAUGGUGAUGAGUUGGAGA